AUGGAUUGGUCGCGGAGCAAAUCUCUGUUACCCAAGGCAGACGCUAGCCCAGGCAUCACGCAGACUGCGGCUCUGUCUUUGCCCGUGUCAAAGUUGUUCUUUAAUGCUCUUGCAACGAAGGCGAAGGCUGCGCCCAACUUCGUCCUCGAGGUUCAAGCGGCUCUUGCAGCCUUAGCUCCAUUCCUACCAAAAACAAAUCUACGUGUACAAGAAGCGGUCUCACCCUCAGACUCAACGGCCCAUCCCACAGGAAUAUCCAGUCCGACAACGGACAAGUAUCCAGCAGAUACCUCUGCAUUCCAACAAUAUCCUGAAGUGGUGACUCAGCACCAUACCCAGCCUCACAUGCAGCCUGACUCGGUCUACCAACAACCACAAUACCCUUAUGGCAGUGGCUAUGCAGUAGAAAAGGGCGAGCCCGUAUCGCCGCCUCCCAGACCUAAUCCCUGGGGCCUGUCCCCGCUGGCAUUCGGAUUGCUGAUAGCAACGAUUACCGCUGUUGUGGUAGGCGGCGCAGUAGGCGGUGGUGUGGGCGGGGCACUAUCAGGAAACAAAUCGGACUCAUCCAGUGCACAAGUCUCAACAACGACCGUCACUUCAAGUAUAACAACUUCCCCAACAACCACCACCUCUGGUCUGCCAGCUCCCUCGUCACUGGAAAAUUUCGUUGUUCCCGAACCCUACUAUGUCAACACGCUUGAAAAUCCUGGCUGCGCAGACGGCAACUCCCGCAUCGACGUCCAGUACGACACCUCUUUUGACCUCUUUUGCGGCGUCGACAUGCUCAACCACGUUGCCGAUGAGAACAACCCAGACUUACAGGUUGCUGAUAUUGUGGGACUUUUUGCCUAUAGUCUCACGGAUUGUCUGAAUUUGCCUCUUCUGAACCCUACUCCCCUCUCACUUGGCCAUUCCGCUGUCCUGCUGAGUCCUCGAAAACUUAACCAGACGCAUUACCUCUUCAAGCAGCGAGUGCUCAUUUCAAUCAUGAGUGACUACGGAGAGGAAGCACCACCUCCUGAUGCCGAGGGGCUCGAUCGACCGGACGAGCGCGAAGACGAGCUCGACGACCUGCACGACGAAUUUCAAGAUCCACAACCGGAGCACGAUGCCGACACUCGACCAAACGCCGCGGACGACUCGGACGACGAAUCGCUCCUCUCCGAAGUCGACGAAGCCCAAUUCGCGGAUUUCGACCCCAAAGCCGUGGAAGUCGCGCCUGAUUUUGACACACUGAACAAGUCUAUUAAAGUGAAGAAGAGGAAGCGAGCUGAGGGUGAGGAGUCUGCGCCUAAGAAAAAGAAAGAGAGGCGAAGGGAGAGGAAGUCACGACGGGCAGAGAGCGAGGCUUUGUCUGGUGACAACGAGGUCGAGGGCAAGAGGCGCAAGCAGCCAAAGGCUGCGGAUGGCGAGCCGCGGAGGCGCGAGCGAGAGGAAAUCGACGAAGAGACCCUGUCGCCUGAAGAGCGCAGGAGACGGGCGUUGGACAGAGCAAUGGACGCCGCGGUCAAGAGAUCAUCAGGCAAAAGAAUGAGAAAAGGCGAGAUCGACCUCGAGCAAGCGGCAGAUGCGGAGAUUGAGGAUCUACGGAACCGAAUGAUAACGGCGGCUGAGACCGACGGAGAACUGGUGCGACAAGGUCUGCCUGCCUCUCAGAAACUCAAGAUGCUGCCCGAAGUGGUGAGCCUGCUCAACCGGAACACAUAUGUGCAGUCUAUCCUCGAUCCAGAAAUGAAUCUACUGGAGGCGGUACGGUUUUUCCUCGAGCCUCUCACGGACGGCAGUCUACCGGCAUACAACAUCCAGCGUGAACUAUUCGCGGCUCUCAGCAAGCUGCCCAUGAACAAAGAGACUCUGAUCUCUUCUGGCAUCGGCAAAGUCAUCCUAUUCUAUCGCAAAUCCAAAAAGGCCGAACCAGCAAUCAAACGACAAGCCACCAAGCUCAUGGAGGAUUGGUCGAGACCCAUUUUGGGUCGUAGCGACGACCACACCAAGAAAGUCUGGGCCACGGCAACUUAUGACCCAACCAGGAGACGAGAGACCGCACCGGCUGCUGCCAUUCCCAAGGCAAAAUCCACCGUUGCUCCGGGUGAGAGGACAAGGGAGAUCUCAGUGAAACACAGCUUCAAAUUCGGCUUCUUGAUGGGCUUGGGUCACAACGACACGCCAUCGGUCGUGUUUUCAACGGCAUACGUCUGUCUCAGCUUUGCGAUUUACAGCGUUGGGAAAAGUCCCUCUAGCCCCGUUCGGGACGGCGGUUCGUAUUGA